CCUGAAUCUUAUCAGGCUGUGCACCUAAAUUUGGGAUUGUGGUUAGACUCUUACCUGCUGUCACUAUGAGCUGUGGCACUAAGUCUUCGACUAGUACCACUAGAAUUAGCAGUGGAGGUGGUGGUGGUGGUGGUGGUGGUGGAGGGGGUAGCAGCCGUGGAGUUCAUAAGUCUGGUGGAUACUCCUCAGUGUCCACUAGAAAAUACACUUCUGGAGGAAGUGGAGGCUUUUCUGGGAGAAGCUUUGGUGGAGGAGUUUCCAGGAACAGCUAUGGAGGGGGCUUUAGCAGUGGCAGUUGUGGAAGGAUUAGCCGCAGUAGCUAUGGUGGGAGAAUGAGUGGUGGUAGUUAUGGAGGAGGAAUGGGCUGUGGAAGUAUGGGAGGAGGAUUUGGAUCAGGUGGCGGUGGUUUUGGGGGAAUGGGAGGUGGUUAUGGAGCUGGCCUCGGUGGAGGUAGUUUUGGUGGUGGUGGAUAUAGUGGAGGUGGAUUUAGUGGCUUUGGGGGCAGUGGUGGCUUUAGUGGUGGCAGCUUUGGUGGUGGUGGCUAUGGUGGAGGUAGUUUUGGUGGAGUGGGGUUUGGUGAAGAUGCUGGCUUGCUCUCCACAAAUGAAAAGUUGACCAUGCAGAACCUCAACGAUCGCCUGGCUUCUUACUUGGAUAAAGUGCGACGCUUGGAGGAUGAAAAUACUCAACUUGAACACCUGAUCAGGGAGUGGUAUAAAAAUCAAGGUCCCACUUCUACCAGGGACUACAGCCAAUACUACAGAACAAUUGAAGAACUGCAAAACCAGAUUGUUGGUGCAAAUGUGGACCUUAACAAGAUCCUUCUUGACAUUGACAACACUAGAAUGACUGUGGAUGACUUCAGACUGAAGUAUGAAACUGAAUAUACUCUCCAUCAGAGUGUGGCAAGUGAUAUUAACGGAUUACGUCCACUUUUGGAUCAACUGACUCUAGCCAGAUCUGACUUGGAGACACAGUUUGAAUCCCUAAAAGAGGAAUUGAUCUAUCUUAAGAAGAACCACGAAGAGGAAAUGAAAGGACUGCAAACACAAUCUGGUGGAGAUGUCAAUGUGGAGGUCAAUGCUACCCCUGGCAUUAAUUUGAUGGAAAAAUUAAAUGAAAUGCGUUGCGAAUACGAACGGCUUAUUGAGAACAACCGGAGAGAGGUGGAAAGCUGGUAUGAAACCAAGAUGGAAGAAGUUAAUCAACAAGUCCACUCAAGUGGCCAGGAGAUACAGUCAAGUAACCAACAGAUCUCUGAGCUGAGACGUGAAUAUCAAAGCCUGGAAAUUGAGCUGCAGUCACAAAUCAGCAUGGUAGACUCUCUGCAAUCCAACUUGGAAGACACAGAACGUCGCUAUAACAUGCAGCUGCAGCAGAUCCAGGGUAUGAUCGGACCCUUGGAGGAGGAGCUGGCCAGCAUCCGCUGUGAGAUGGAGAGUCAGAAUGAAGAGUACAAGAUGCUCCUGGGCAUCAAGACCCGCCUGGAGCAGGAGAUUGCUCAGUACCGGGCACUGCUUGAGGAAGGGCAGCAAGACCUUGUAAUCCCAGCAGGAGGAAUGGGAGGAGGAAUGGGAGGAGGCAUGGGAAGUGGUAGAAUAGGAGGUGGUGGCUAUUCUUCUGGAGGAGGAAGAGGAGGAGGAGGUGGUAGCAUGAGUGGUGGAUACGGAGGUGGUAGCAUUUCCUCCAGCAGCGGAAUGGGUGGAGGAAUGGGAGGAGGAAGUGGCGGAGGAGGAAUGGGAGGAGGAGGAAUGGGAGGAGGAAUGGGAGGAGGAAGUGGUGGAGGAGGAAUGGGAGGAGGAAGUGGUGGUGGAUGCAGUAGUAUUGUUGGAGGAGGAGGAGGAGGAGGAAGGAUGUCAGGAGGCGUCAGCAGUUCCCACUCCUACUCUUCAUCUUCCCAGUCUCAGUCCUGCAGGAGCGGUGGUGAAAGCCAAGGGUAUGGAAGAAAAUCUUUUGACUAAGAAUAUGCAUUGAGGAUCCUACAGUGCAAGACCUUUCAAACAGAAAUUGGCCCAAAUCCUCUACAUUCCCCACGCUCCUGAGGAAAGACAGAUGCUCUUAACAGUUCCUCAAUGUUGCUGAUGCCAUCUAUCCAAAAAGGCCCGUCAGAGCUACUCAGAUGGGCCACCUGCCCACCUGACAUGCAUGCUAUGUGCUUCUUCUGCCUGGAAUGCUUUGUGGCUUCAAUCAUUGGCACUUGAGCUACUUGCUUUAUAGAUUCAACCUGUUCGUUGCUUGGAUUGUUCUGUAUCAGGAAAAUGUCGCUAAUAAAACUUCAUUUCUGUCUGAUGCAA